AUGGAUGUGAAGAAGAUCGAGAGCAUUGAUUCUAGCCAUAGAGAGAAGCACAACAAGGAAGUUGAUUUGAGUGUGAAUGAGAAAACGGAAGAUGAAUUAAAAGAUGGGGUUUCCACGAAUGGAAAACUUGCAAAGACAUUUACUUUAAAUGAGCUUGCAGCUGCAACAGGGAAUUUUAGUGCAAAUUGCUUUGUUGGUGAAGGAGGGUUUGGCAAGGUUUAUAAGGGUUACCUCCAGAAAACUAAUCAGUUUGUUGCAAUAAAGCAACUUGACCCUAAAGGCAUUCAAGGAACUAGAGAAUUUGUUGUUGAAGUGUUAACACUUAGUUUGGCAGAACACACAAAUCUUGUCAAGUUAUUAGGGUUUGGUGCUGAGGGGGAUCAAAGGCUUUUGGUUUAUGAGUACAUGCCUUUGGGAUCUUUGGAGAGUCAUUUGCAUGAUCUUCCUCCUGGGAAAAACCCACUGGACUGGAAUACCAGAAUGAGAAUAGCUGCUGGUGUAGCUAAAGGUUUGGAGUAUUUGCAUGAUGAAAUGAAGCCUCCUGUCAUAUACCGUGACCUCAAAUGCUCCAACAUUUUGUUAGGCAAUGAUUAUCAUCCCAAGUUAUCUGAUUUUGGCUUGGCAAAAAUAGGCCCAAUGGGUGAUCAGACUCAUGUUUCAACAAGAGUUAUGGGAACACAUGGCUACUGUGCUCCAGAUUAUGGAAUGACAGGUCAAUUGACGUUCAAGUCUGACAUUUAUAGCUUUGGAGUUGCUCUUUUGGAGCUUAUCACUGGCAGAAAGGCCUAUGACGAGAGUAAACCUUCUAAAAAACGACAUCUAGUCAAAUGGGCAACUCCGUUAUUCAGAGACCAAAAAAAUUUCUCAAAGAUGGUGGAUCCAUUGCUCAAAGGGCAAUAUCCAGCAAGGGGUUUGUACCAGGCUCUUGCUAUUGCUUCUAUGUGUGUUGUAGAGCAGACUAAUAUGCGGCCGGUUAUAGCAGAUGUGGUCUCAGCUCUAGAUUUCCUUGCUUCUCAAAAAUAUGAACCACGGGUUCAUCCAAUACAAAGGUCGAGAUAUGGUUCAUCUUCUUCAAGAAGUAGGGCUAAAGGUCAUAGACGCGUUACUAGUAAUGUCUCAGAGAAAGACAAACUGGGAAAUUAGAAAAAGUGUAGUGUUUUGAGACACUUACAUUAUAAUUUGCCUUGUUAUAAAAUAUUUCUU